GUUUGGUAUAUAGAUGGUGGAAUUCAAACUUUAGAUAUUUGUGAAAUUUGCUGGGAAGACAAAACAUGAAUAAAGAAAACAUUAAGGGUAAGAUAUGCAGCUUGUGCCAGCAAAAGUUCAAAGGACGUUCCAUGAUAAAACGCUACAAAGUGCAUGAUGGAGAUGAAACCUUUCAGUGCCGCAAAUGUGAUGAGUGUUAUUCAAUAUGCAGGCUAUGUAAGCGGCAGUACGAGUAUGGUACUAAGAAAGAACAUUACAAGAUUCAUUUUGGAGACAAACCGUUACAGUGCCGUAAAUGCGGUAUCUGUUUCUCGCGCUUGGACAGUUUGAUGCGGCAUAUCAGGAGAGAAAUAAAAGGAAAACAAUUCAAAUGUUCAACAUGUGACCUAAUGUUUUCCACGGAGGUCCAGCGCGACACACACCAGAAUAAGCAUUUAGGGUACGUGGACAAAACCUAUUCAUGCGAGCACUGCCCAAGGACCUUUACACAGAGCAACCUGUUCAAGAUGCAUAUGAACAAUGCACAUAACGACAAGCCAAAGGAACACGUUUGUAAAGUUUGUAACAAAGUGUUUGCUAACAGCUUUAGCCUGAAGAGUCACAAGACAGUUCACACCGGAGAAAAACCCCACAAGUGUGAAACCUGUGGCGCCAAUUUUACCCAAUCACAUUCUUUACGUCGUCACCAGCUUAUACAUAGUGGAGAGAAGCCGUUUAAAUGCUCCGUGUGCAACAAGUCCUUUAACCAAUUAGACACAUUGAAAAGGCACGAAGAGAUACACACUGGCGAGAAUUCUUACAAGUGUUCCCAGUGCAAGAUCGUUUUCAGUCAAAAAGCUGCUUUGAAACUUCACCAAAGAAAGGAGCACAAGUGAAUAAACUAAAACGUUUAAAAAAGUAAAACAUUUUGGUUUUAUUUUGAUGACUUUUGCGCCCUGUAUAUAGACAACGGUUACGGACCCAUCUUAUUAUAACUAUAUUCCUAUAAUUUCAACUAAGUUAGACUUCUGCCAAAUACUUGUUAUUGUCUGUAGUACUUCAAUCUGGUACAUUCUAAACCACAGAGCAUUGUUUGUGAUUUGAAUUAAGUUGUUUGUCGUUUUCAGAAAUAAAACAAAC